AAAUUACAAACGAUCAGUGAGGACUUCUGCGGUCUAGAUGUGAAUACGCCUUUAGGUGGAGAACAGGCAGUGUCUGCAGUUCCAGUUCUUCUUUUCAAUACUCGUUUGACAGCAGUGGUAGCCACCUCUACCGGAGAUUUCACUGUUGUCUUCAUUGGCACGUCUACUGGCCAUUUGAAAAAGGUUGUGGUUGAAUCUUCAACUUCUGCGUUGGAAUAUGGAGAUCUGAUCGUGGAGGAGGAUUCACCCGUAAAUCCGGACCUUCAUUUUGAUUCUCAAUCUAUGCACCUUUAUGUGAUGACGGAGAAAAAGGUAUCCAAAGUCAAAGUUCAGGAGUGUACAGUUUACCGGAAUUGUUUAGAGUGUUUGGGAGUCAAAGAUCCGUAUUGUGGCUGGUGCUCAUUGGAAAACAAAUGUAGCCUUCGUUCGGACUGUCAAGACGCUGCCAAGGAUCCCUUGUAUUGGAUCAGUUACAAAAGUGGAAGAUGUACAACAAUAACUUCUGUGAUUCCCAAUCAGCUGCAAAGAACAACUGCCCGAACGUUGGACUUGGUCAUAGACAACUUACCAACAUUGCAAGGACAUUUUCUUUGCGCUUUUACAGCCCUCGACAAAACUUUGAUUACGAAUGCCACGAGAAAAGGUUCUGGCGUAAAUUGCACCACACCAAGAACUGAUGCUCUACCGUCGAUUCCUCCAGGACAACAUCAUUUCACUGCCAAGCUGUCAGUUCGAAUGACUUCGGGACCAGAUUUUGUGGCCACAAAUUUCACGUUUUUCGAUUGUAAUACAUACAGUUCCUGCACACAAUGUGUAUCGUCUUCAUUUCCAUGUGAUUGGUGUGUGGAUGGACACAGGUGUACACAUGAUACUGCUGAGAAUUGCAGAAAUGACAUUCUUGUGACUGGUGUUAGUAGGGCAGGUCCAAGCUACAGGUCUGGUCCAGCUUUUUGUCCCACUAUAAACGCUACUGUAGGAAAUUCACCAGAAAUAUUAGUAGCGUCGGGAAUAAAGAAAGCUAUCAAAGUGAAAGUUCAUAUAAUUGGACAAUUUAUUGUUCAAACAAGAUUCGUAUGUCAAUUCAAUAUAGAAGGUCGCGUAACUAGUGUAAAUGCUCAAUUAUUAGGUGAUACCAUUUAUUGUGAUGCAAUGGAGUUUUCAUAUACUUCUAGGGCUCCCAACAUAACCGCAACUUUUGCUGUUAUUUGGGGUGGUUCGAAACCGCUGGAUAAUCCAGACAAUAUACAUAUUGUGAUUUAUCGAUGUAGAGAUAUGGCUGAUAAUUGUGGAAUAUGCUUAGCCUUAGCUGAAAAGUAUGAUUGUGGUUGGUGCCAAAGCUCAGAUCGUUGUGAAGUAAAAGACCAAUGUGAGAAAGGUUCUGCUGUUUGGUUGAAUCGAAGCCAGACAUGUCCCAAUCCAGAAGUAACUUCUUUCAGUCCCGAAUUGGGGCCUUGGGAAGGAGGUACUAACAUAACUAUACAAGGCAUAAACUUGGGUAAAAAUUUCCUAGAUAUUUAUUCCGGAAUCAGCAUUGCUGGCAUAAACUGUCAACCAUAUGAGCAUCUUUACAUAAAAACCAAACAGAUUGUCUGCCAGGUUGAUGGACCUGGUACAAAAGAACUUCGACAGGGGCCAGUUACAGUUAAAGUUGAGGACUAUCGUGGUGAAUCCAAAACUCAUUAUAGGUUCGUCAACCCAAACAUUACAGGUAUUUCUCCAAAAUGUGGACCUAAGUCAGGGGGCACCAUGUUACAAAUCACUGGACAGUUCAUGAAUGCUGGAAGUAAUAUUCAAGCAUUUUUAGAUGACUUGCCAUGCCGAAUACUCUCAACGGACCAGAAUCAAGCUUUGUGUAUAACAAGUACUUCCAACACAACUUCAAAGAAGAAAUUACGAAUGAAAUUUGAUAAAGGCGAUAGAUAUUUGGAAAACAUGAUGUUUGAAUAUGUAGAAGACCCAGUAAUUGAAUCAGCUGAAUCUGGUGUAGCAAGUCAGAUAAAAGUCCCUAAAGGUAUUCCAGCAGGAGGUAUCAAAAUAUCGGUUACAGGAAGAAAUUUGGCAUUUAUUCAAAAACCUCAGAUGUAUGUCUUUUAUGAACAAAAAAUGUUCAUAAGUGAGUGUACAGUUCUGAGCAACACCAGUAUGACAUGCAGCAGUCCUGUUAUUGACGCUGCAGAAGAUGUCAAACUAGAUGCAGAUAAUCCUUUGAAGUUGGAAUAUGGCUUUCGUAUGGACAACGUCACUGGAGUACAAAAUCUUACUCUCAAUAAAGACUUCAAUCCAUUUCUGUUGUAUCCAAAUCCUGUGUUUAUACCAUUCGAAAAAGAAGUGAAGUACUAUAAAUCGGAUUAUCUAAAUAUUAAUGGCCAAAACAUUGACCGCGCUUGCCAAGAAUCAGAUGUGGAAGUUCUAAUUGGAAAAAGUAAUUGCAAUGUGACUUCUUUGUCACGUCAACAGCUAACUUGUCGACCUCCUGAGACCCAGCCACAAGCUUUGAAUGACGUGGGAACACCCAAUGGGGAAGCUCUUCCUGAGGUUAUAGUCAUUGUAGGUGGUUCGUUACGUUACAAUAUAGGAGUCCUGUCUUAUUCAUCCCCUCAAGGACUGAAUGGGCCUAUAACAAAACCAACCCUCUAUGGUAUCAUUUGUGUAGGUGUAGGAAUUCUAAUUGUGUUCAUAUUGUUUUUGAUUGCCUAUCGGAGGAAGUCUACUGAAAGCAAUCGAGUCCUCAAGAAUAUGCAGGAACAAAUGGAUAUUUUAGAACUACGGGUAGCUGCUGAAUGUAAAGAAGCAUUCGCAGAAUUACAAACCGAAAUGACUGACUUAACGGGUGACUUGACAUCCGGAGGUAUACCUUUCCUGGAUUAUAGAACAUAUGCAAUGAAAAUUUUGUUUCCUAACGUGGAUGACCACAUCGUUCUGCAAUGGGAGAGACCAGAGCUGUUAUGCAAAGAGAAAGGCCUACGUCUUUUCGGACAGCUGAUAAUGAACAAAACGUUUUUGCUACUUUUCAUCAGAACAUUAGAAAGUAAUAGGUAUUUUUCAAUGAGAGAUAGAGUGAAUGUCGCCAGUUUGAUAAUGGUUACCCUUCAAAGUAAAAUGGAGUAUUGUACAGAUAUUCUCAAGACAUUGUUAGCUGAACUGAUUGAAAAAUGCAUGGAGGGAAAGAGUCACCCUAAGUUGCUACUGCGUAGGACGGAAAGUGUGGCUGAAAAAAUGUUGAGCGCCUGGUUUACAUUCCUUCUGUAUAAAUUUUUGAGAGAAUGUGCUGGCGAACCAUUAUUUAUGUUGUUUAGAGCGGUUAAGCAGCAGGUUGAUAAAGGACCAGUAGAUGCCAUCACUUCUGAGGCUCGUUAUUCUCUCAGCGAAGAAAAGCUCAUUCGACAAUCAAUAGAUUUUAAGCCAAUGACCGUCUAUGUCUCUAUAUCUCAACAAACAGUGUUUGUGGGGAGUAUGGACCAUAACACAGACAAUGUUCCUGUCAAAGUUUUGGAUUGUGAUACAAUUAGCCAGGUAAAAGAGAAAUCUUUGGACACCAUCUACAGGGCAACGCCAUAUUCACAAAGACCAAGAAAAGAUGAUUUGGAUCUGGAGUGGCGCACUGGUACUUCAGGCAGACUGAUACUCUAUGACGAAGACACUACUACAAAAGUAGAAGGAGACUGGAAAAGACGUAACACCCUGCAACACUACAGAGUACCUGAUGGUGGAUGUCUGAACUUGGUGUCCAAACAAAGUUCCAUUUAUAAUUUAAGUAUUUUCUCGGAGAAGAAUGAUAAGUCCCACAAGUAUGAAACACUCAACCUCAGUAAGUUUAGCUCGGUAAGUCCUCCAUUGAGUCGGGCGACAAGUCCAUUGAAUCAUGACCAUGAUCAGGGCCUGAAGGUUUGGCAUCUCGUCAAGCAUCACGAUAACGAUAAUCAAAAGGAGGGAGAAAGAGGGAACAAGAUGGUUUCGGAGAUCUACUUGACCAGGCUGUUAGCCACCAAAGGUACCUUGCAGAAAUUCGUGGAUGAUUUGUUUGAAACCAUCUUCAGCACAGCCCACAGGGGUUCUGCCUUGCCGCUUGCCAUAAAAUACAUGUUUGAUUUCCUAGACGAUCAAGCUUUGCAGCAUGGAAUCUCCGACCCCGAAGUUGUGCACACAUGGAAAAGCAACUCUCUUCCUCUCAGAUUUUGGGUGAAUCUCAUCAAGAACCCAAAUUUUGUGUUUGAUAUCCAUAAGUCAAACAUUGUCGAUUCCUGUUUAUCUGUGGUUGCUCAAACUUUUAUGGAUUCAUGUUCAACUUCUGAUCAUAGACUUGGAAAAGAUUCACCUAGCUCCAAACUCUUGUAUGCUAAAGAUAUUCCAUGUUAUAAGGAAUGGGUGGAGAGAUAUUAUUCUGAUAUAAAGAUUAUGCCUGCCAUAUCAGACCAGGAUAUGAAUGCCAUGUUGGCAGAGGACUCCAGACUGCACACAACUGAGUUCAACACGAAUUGUGCCCUUCACGAACUCUACACUUAUGCAAUGAAAUACAACGAGCAACUGACAGUUACAUUGGAAGAAGACGAGUUUUCUCAGAAGCAACGAUUGGCCUACAAACUGGAGCAGGUCCACAAUAUAAUGGCGGAGCAAGGGCAACCGUGAUACUGGCCUGACCUGACGUGCCCUACAGCGCCACCGCUGUCUCCCGUUAUCCCAUCGGCACCUCAGGAAUUGGCCUGCUGAUAAACGUUUCAUGCCAAAUAUACAUAUCCAUCAGACUAUUUCUCUGUGUGUUACGAAUUGCUGUUGUGCAAUUACCUAAUUGUUCAGUGUAUUGUGGAGAGGUGCUCACUCAGUGACUUCAAAGUGCCUCUGGUAGAUUGAGUGAAGUGCUGUCUCCUCAAAUGAGUGUACUAUAUUUUUAUGAUAACACAUUUAGAUUUAUGCUUUGCCGUGCUGAGUUUCAGCGUUAGUCCAUAUUGUCGAUAUUCACAGAAAUAUCCACUCUAACAAUGCUUUUUUGAUAUUUGUAAUAUGAUCGUACCUUUAUACAGUUUAAUAUUUUUGUAUUUAGUUGAAUGCAAUCAUGAUGAUUGUCUUCCGCAAUGAAGGAAGCACCAGGGUGUAGUAUUUAAUUGCGACCUUUCAAUCAAUGGAUGUUUCAAUCUCUACAUUACAUACUAUGCACAAGGUCGUAUCGAUGUGGUUUGUGUACGUGUAAUAAGGCUGUGUACAUUUCUCUUGUUUGUAACCAAACCAGCAAUUUAUGUUGUCGCACCAAAAGUUUUUGGACAGUGUUUCUGACAUCUAAUUCGCAUUUGUUCCCCUUUGCCCUCCGUUUCUUUUAUUGUAUACCAUCGAAUCAUUUUUUUGUUAUGUGCAAUUUACAAGUCAUACAUUAGCUUUACUCAUUUAUUCUUUAUGUGCUGAAUGUUCCACUGCUUUAUAUGUUCUUAUUCUAAAAUGAGACAUUUUGAAAAUAAUGUAUUUAAUGAUCUGAAUAGUCAUUAUCAUAACAAAUUUUUCAGAUAUUGUAAGUUUAAGUUCUUAACGACUGUUUCUCCAACAAUGACCGAUGCUCUGUAAGCUCUCCUUCAUAUCAUCUUCUUUAUUUCACAUGUACUUCUAUCUUGUAUUAUAUCUAUUACAUGAUAUUGAAACCAAAUGAUAUUUCUUAACUCAAAUAAUCCAUGAUCUCGCCUAUUUUGUAUUUGAUUUUUGUCUAUUAUAUUUUGCCAAAUUUCUAUUCAAAUUAUUGACACUUAUUCAAAAUCUAAUACAUUCCUUUCUAGUGAGAAUAAAAAUAUUAGGCUUGUUUUUGAGUGAAACAUUCAGUAAUAUUAACGAUUAUUCAAUAUUUUUAUUGGAAUUGUUCAACGAUAUAUUGAUAUUGAAGUAAUUUUUAUUACAAGAGUGGAUUAAAUGUUUAAAUGUUUUUAAAAAUACUUUGUCGCUCUGUCAAGUUCCAACGCAAAUUUUUCGAUCACUUUCCUAUGUCAUUUAGCACGAAAUAAUUUUUGACAUUUUUUAUUUCAAUUCAUUACUUAUUUUACUCAUGUGAACACCAGUACGAUCCAUUCAUACCCUGUAUUGUGGAUAAAGUGUGAAUCAUUAUCUCAAAAAAUUGCUUUUUCUUCGCUGAUAAGGUAUAUUAAAUGUGUAAUGUGAUUUCUUGAGAUAAUGGUAAAUAUAUAUGUAAUGGGAACAAUAAAUUUAUUAUAUUUUAUAUGAAGAAGGGAAACACUUUUCAGGUUACUACACGUCGAUAUUUUUAUUAAUUAGUGGAAUCAUCCAAACCACUUACACAUUUAAUUUUCGUUCUGAAAGAUAAAUUACUUUUAUUGAAUUAAUACAAUUUAUAGAGUCAGUAACGAUAGUCUGUAUUUUUUUCGUCAGUCUCAUUAUAUGGAAAUCUGAAGUUCUCCUUCUUCUUAACAAAAAUUAGCAUUAUUUUUUUUUAAUACGAAUUGUCACCGUCCUGAAAAUUGGAACAAUGUAUUCUCAAAUUAGCUUUCUGACAUCUGCGCAUAACAAGUCCAGUUAAGACAAUUUAUCUUUUAAAGAUUCUCAAAAAUAUUCUUUUUAUUUGUAAUUAUUUAAGUUGUGUAUAUAAAAUUUUAUGCCAAAAAAUUUGCUUCUGGACAAUUGCAUAGGAAGAAUUGUAAAUAAUACAUGUGUGUGCGUAUGUGUGUACAGAUGAAUGCAUUAAUGUUUGUAUGUGUGUAUGCAUGAUACAUAUUUAUAGUAAUGUGUGUACAUUCGAUUGCAUCUGCAAUACUAUGAAUGGUAAUGUACUACUAUAUGUUAUUAUAAAAGACUGAAUGGAGUUACUAAAAUACUUAAUAGAAAAAACUCAUCUCGAA